AUGGAGUCCGUCUGCGUCACCGCCAUGCCCCUCAUUCCCUCCGCCGCGCCGCUGAUCCUCGCCUUGCCCGCUCCGCCCCCACCUGCCGCCUGCUGCGCGCCUGGCGGCGUCCCCGAGGCCCUCUCCGCUGCGCGCGCAUCGCCCGCUCUGCCUUUCGCCGCCAGCCCAGUCAGCCGCUUCCACUGCUUCAUGCUGCCGCCGCCACAGUGCUUCAGCGCAACGGCGCACGGUUGGUGCGAAAAGGCCAACGACCGCGCCCUUCCCCUCUCGACUUGUAACCUUGCGACUAGACCCGCUGUGCGCCCGACACUACUCUCCGCCGCCGAUAGCUAUUCGGGUGGUGGAGGGCGGCCUAGGGGGCGGCGGCAGCUGCAUCGCGAUAACCUAAUGACGUCCAAGGAAGUGCGUUUCGCGUUCGACUAA